GGUUUCGCAACGAUCAGUUUUGUAGCGCAGCUGAAAACGAGCUGAUCGGCGGAUCGGCGGAUCGAAAGAAUAUAUAUUCAUUUAAAUCGGUUUUCAGCCAGCAAUCAUAGCAGAUAAGAGAAAUGGCGAGCAAAACCACGAUCCUGCUUCUUCUAUUAAUGGUUGCCCAGACCUUAGCGCAACAGAACAAUGCCUGGCAGCAUAGUAGCUAUGGUCCACGAUCAGAACUGGGCACCCGUUCUCUGGCCACCGCCAGGAGAUCUCAGAACAACCAACAGGCCCUGGAGGACGUGGAGGAGGUGGACCUCCGGAGACGCGAGCCCACCACCCCGCCGCCCACUCGGCCGCCGCCCACCUUCAGCUACAUGGACCGCUUCACCGGCAAGCUCUUCCACAAGAUCGUGCGGCCGCUGCAGCUGCGCAACGUCGUCUUAUCGCCCUUCUCCCUGCAUGCCCUGCUGGGCAUGAUCUACGGCGCAUCGGAGGGCAAGACGUUCCGCGAGCUGCAGGAGGUCGGCGAGUUCGGCGAGAGCGCCAGCGCCGUGGCCCUGGACUUCGAGCGAGUGAUCAAGUUCAAGGAGUCGCUGGGCGCGGCCGACCUGACCCUGGCCACCAGGGUCUUCUACAACCAGCGGCUGGGGGGCAUCAACCACAGCUACGACGAUUUCGCUAAGUUCUACUUCGACGCCGGCACCGAGCCCGUGGACAUGGACCGCGGCAAGGAGACAAGAGACAAGAUCAACGCCUGGGUGGCAGACAGUACACGCAACAAGAUCCGCGACUUGGUCGCGACCGACGACAUCAACGGCCAGAUGCAGGCCCUGCUGGUGAACGCCGUGCACUUCAAGGGCCGCUGGGAGCACGAGUUCUCCAUCAUGGACACGCAGCCCGCCGAGUUCCAUCACACCGGCGGCCGGACCUCCCAGGUGGCCAUGAUGUACAACGACGACGUGUACGGCCUGGCCGACCUGCCCGAGCUGGAGGCCACCGCCCUGGAGCUGGCCUACAAGGACAGCGGCACCAGCAUGCUGAUCCUGCUGCCCAACCUGCGCAACGGACUGCCCAGCCUCGAGCAACAACUGUCGCGGCCAGAGUUCGACCUCAACCGGGUGGCCCAUCGGCUGCGCCGGCAGUCCGUCGCUGUGCGUCUGCCCAAGUUCCGGAUCGAGUUCGAGCGGGACAUGACCGAGCCGCUCAAGGAGCUGGGCCUGAUGCAGAUGUUCACGCCCAGCUCGCAGGUGACCAAGCUGCUCGACCAGCCGGUGCGCGUGGAGAAGAUCCUGCAGAAGGCCUACAUCGACGUGGGCGAGGCGGGCACCGAGGCCUCGGCGGCUUCCUAUGCCAAGUUCGUGCCCCUGUCGCUGCCCAUCAAGUCCAAGGAGUUUAUCGCCGACCGGCCCUUCGUCUUUGCCAUCCGCGCGCAUAACACAGUGCUCUUCGUGGGUCACGUGGAGGAUCCCACGCCGAUGAACGCCAGAAACGAACCAAAAAGCGAUGUGUACAAUUAGUAAUUGAUGGCUUUGUUUCCGAACAUAGCCUGACGUCGAUGCAUUUGUAAGAAAACCACAAUAAAGUAUAACAUGUAUUUAUGGAAAA